UCCUCUCUGCUGGCUGGCGUUGCCUUCCACCUGAGCACCGUGAGCUGGAGCCAACAUGGCGGAGUUACUGUAGCUCCGCAGUGACCAUCGCAGCUCUCACGUAACGUCAGCAGUCACGGACUAAUUAUUAGACAAAAUACGUCGUAUUCAGGCCUUGUUUCCUAUUGUACUUAUACACGGGACGUUUGUUGGAAGAAUUUGUCAGGCCGCAGUCUCAGCAUUUGCCUUACUGGCUCAGAAUCUUCAACGUCGCUGACAGACCGAAACGUUAGCUCAUUGACAGGGGGAGUAGCCUAUUCCGCAGGGGUAUCUCGAUUUCUGGGUUGGGGUUCCGGAGGAUCGUUGUGGAGAAAUGUUUCAAAGGUAAUCCCUGUGUCAUCAGGUUGAGGUGCCCUCUCCUCACACUCAUCCUCUCUACUUCCUCCUUCCGUCCCUGCGGUGACGACAGCAGCCGUUGUGAUGUCGUUGGCCUCGGCCGUCCCCUCCCCGCCUCUCCCCCCUCUGGACACGCUGUCGGUGUCGUCGCUGCUGUCGGGCGACCUGGACGGGGAGGAGGAGGACGGGGCGGGGGGCGCGGAGCUGGGCGACCUGGAGGUGAACCCGUACGACGGGCUGCCCUUUUCCUCGCGCUACUACAGCCUGCUGGAGCAGCGGCGCCACCUGCCUGUCUGGAGCCUGAAGUACAGCCUGCUCGAGCAUCUGGAGGAGCACAGCAUGGUGGUCCUGAGCGCGCCCAGUGGCUCCGGCAAGAGCACCCAGGUUCCCCAGUGGUGUGUGGAGUACGCCCUCUCUCAGCAGUUUGCUGACGGGCUGGUGUGCUGCUGCCAGCCGUACGCGGUAGCUGCCUGCAGUCUAGCGCUGCACGUGGCUGACGAGAUGGACCUCAGCCUGGGCCUGGAGGUGGGCUACCGGGUGCCGCAUGACGACGGCUGCACCCCGGACACACUUCUCAGAUUUGAGACGGACGCUCUGCUGCUGGGGGACAUGAUGUCGGACCCGCUGCUGCGUCAAUACGGCGUGCUGGUCCUGGACGAGGUGCAGGAGCGGACGCUGUCCACGGACGUGCUGCUGGGGCUGCUGAGGGACGUGUGCGGUCAGCGGGCCGAGCUCCGCGUGGUCGUGCUGUCCGACCCCCACACCGCCCCCGCCAUUGCGGCCUUCCUCGGGGAGAACGUGCCCCUCCUGGCCCUCCCGCCGCCGGACCACCCCCCCAGCCUGGAGACGGUGUACCGUGACCCCCCUACGGGGCGAGAGCCGGCCGCUGCCUCCUGCCACAUGGUGCUGGACCUGCACCGCAGGGGAGAGGAGGGGGACAUCAUAGUGUUCCUGCCCUGUGCCCAGGACAUAGAGGAGUGCGCCGCCCUGCUGGAGAAGGAGUGCGUUGCGCUCAGCCCCCAGCUGGGGAGCAUGCGUGUGCUGCCUCUGCACGCGGGCCUGGGGGGCGCCACGCAGCAUGUGUAUGGCGGCGAGGCCGAGGACCAGGGGGCGGACGACGCGGACGAGGGGCCCGAGGGGGGAGGUCGGCUGGAGGUCACCCCAGGACCAGCCCUCAGGCGCAGGGUCGUCCUCACGGACUCCCUGGGUGAGGCGUCCUUCUCCAUGCCCAAUGUCCGCUACGUCAUUGACACGGGCCUGCUGCUCAAGACUGUUUACAACCCACAAAUCAGAGCAGACUCGCAGGUCCUUCGGCCAAUCAGCAAGCACCAGGCGGACCUUCGCACUGAGCGGAUCAACAGCAGUCUUCCUGGUGUGUGCGUCCGUCUGUACCCGCAGGCGCUGUACGAGGAGGGCAUGCCGGCCUGCCGCUGCCCCAGUGUGGUCGAGGAGAACCUCAGUCACCUGGUGCUGCUGCUCAAACGCCUCGACAUCGCCGACAUGGGACAGUGCAAGUUCCUUGACCGGCCAGCCCCAGAGGCGCUGAUGCAGGCGCUGGAGGACCUGGACUACCUGGCGGCGCUGGACGAUGACGGGAACCUGUCGGAGGUGGGCAUCAUCAUGUCCGAGCUGCCCCUGGAGCCCUCGCUGGCCAAGGCGCUCAUUGCCGCCUGCGAGUUCGACUGUGUCAGCGAGCUGCUCACCAUUGCCGCCAUGCUCACAGCUCCUCCGUGUUUUCUGGUUCCGCCCCCAAAUAAAGAGGAAGCCGCUGCCACACACAGACGCCUGCUACUGCACCCAGAAGGGGACCACCUGACCCUCAUCAACGUCUACAACGCAUACAUCCAGCACAAUGAGGACGAAGCCUGGUGCUCCACCAAUUACAUCAACGCUGCCGCGCUACGAUUGGCUGUGCUCAUCAGGGCAGAGCUACUCGAGGUGAUGCAGCGAAUCGAGUUGCCCGUCUCUCCCCCUGCGUUUGGUUGCCAGGACAACAGCACCAACAUCAAACGAGCCCUUAUCUCAGGCUUCUUCCUUAAGGUGGCUCAUGACGUUGACGGCUCGGGUAACUACCUGCUGCUGACGCACCGGCACGUUGCUCACCUGCACCCGUUCUCCUCGUACCGCUGCCGCAGGCCGCAGCCUGGGCCGCCCAACUGGGUGCUGUACCACGACUUCACCAUCUCCCACGACAACUGCAUCCGCACCGUCUCCGAGAUUCACCCACACAUGUUGGUGGAGCUGGCUCCUCAGUAUUACCUUGGCAACCUGCCGUCCAGCGAGGGCAGAGACUUCCUGAUGGAGCUGCGGCAGAGCCUCCUGCCCCCUGGUGACCCAGAGGAGGGGGGUGAGGAGGGGGCAAAGGCCAGGGGCGAGGGGCCGUCGGACCCACGGAACCAGGUCAGCACAGACAUGUGCCUGAUCCAGUGACGGCCCAAUGGAACCCCACGCUGCUCCUGCAGUGCACUCUGGGAGAAAAACGGGACCUUCGGAACCACACCAGUGUAGCUGUUCCACACGUCCCAGUAAAAGGCUCUUGAGGAAGGGCGCUGUUCUAAAACCACCUCCUUUAAGUGUAAAACCAUCAGGGUUUAACUGAAAGAUUAUUUUAAAAAACAAACACUCUGCUUCAGAAGUAGAGGGGUGGAUGGAGGUCGUCGUUGUGAAAGAGAUUUUCAUCCUGAUCUUUCUUGAGAGACUUUUUGGUGUCCAAGACACACAGUGGUUAAGCCAUACCGAGUACGGUUCCAUAGAAAUAAGUCAAGUCACGUCACUUUUAUUUAUUUUUUGCAUAACUAUGCAGUGUCACACUGUGGUCAGAUAAUCUUCUGCCUUUUCUUCACCAUGAGCAUCACCAAGACUCCCCCUGGUGGAGACGGGUUGAUAUUUACUACCCCUGAGCCACCAGAAAGCUAAAACCCUUUAUGUCUAAUGUCAUGUGGUAGCCAGAGGUCUUCAAGGUCUCGUGUUUACUGUCCUCUGUGUGAACGUGCAAUACAGAAAGGUCUGCAGAUCCUGCUCAUCUCACACACAUUUCCUGCGUAAUGAAAAGUAGUUUCCUGUCUCAAUGGUUCUGCUUAGUAGAAGGUCCAAGAGUUUCUGUUUGUUAGCAUGGAAGAGGUGGGUGUUGUUGUAGAGUAGGGAGACAACCCAGCAUGCAUAUCUGUCAUGCAUUGAUAAGCAGAACAAUAUAAUCAACUCACUGAAAGCCAUGACUUCUACUUGAGCAGGUCAGCAGCCUUUUGAAAGGAUGUUUAAACGUGUAAUAAAUUUUCUCUCACAAGAUGCAAUCAAAGAACAGAUACACACACGUCACACGCACCAGGUGCUGUUGUAGGCUGCCCUGUUUGCUGUCUUAUUACUGGGAGGGUGAGCCUCACGCUGGAAGACCGAAGCCGUGUCCUGCCAUUCCUUCGAUCGCUCUCGUCUUUCACACUGAGGUGCCGGAGUCUGGCAGGAUUGGGGGAGCUGCUAUAAGAAAGCACUCCUCCACUGGCUGGAGGUGGCUGUGACCUCACUGGCUGGAGGUGGGUGUGACUUCCUGAGUGGACGGAAGAUGUCAGAGUCGAGGGUCGCCAUGGCGUCCGAGAGUUCAGGGCAGGCCAGUUUUUCAAAACACUAAUGACUGACAGAAACAUUUUUUUUUUUCACAACCCAGAAUCAUAGCCAUCACAGUUGUUUCAAGCCUGUUUGGAUGAUGUUGAUGUAAAGAACAGGAUUGCAAUAUCAACUCUGUCUAAAGUUUUAAUGUGUGCACACAUUUUUGCUGGAAAGGUAGAAAACAGGUGAACUGCCCAGGAGGGCAAAAUUACAACUACUGACCAUAGCUGUAAAGGACAAAAGCGUAAAUAUAGUGAAAAUGAGAUUAUGGAAGUCAUCUGUCUGUUUUAAAUAAUGUUAAUGUGUGGCAGGUUGAUAUGCCAUGUAUCAUUUGAGGUUAUUUCUGUACGUUAUGAGUCUCUGCCUGACCUUUUUGCCUGAGCAUCAGUCAUGACUUCUGCCUCGUUUGGCACGUAGGCUGAAAUACAUUUAAGAUUUUGUCUAAAAGUAGAAUUGGACUACAAAAUUCAAACACUUUUCUGAACAAAUACUCUAAUCGUAUUUUCCCCACACGGAGCCCAUUAUCCCUUCCUCUGCGUGAGGCUCGAGACACUGGCACUUCUGCUUGUGCAGGGGACUGUCCUGACACUUCUGCUUGUGCAGGGGACUGUCCUGACACUUCUGGGUUUGCAGGGGACGGUCCUGACACUUCUGCUUGUGCAGUGGAUUGUCCUGUCGCUCUGAGCUUCCGUGUGGCUGAGUUUAAGCCAUUUUGUAUGAUGUUCCAUUGAAUUCAGUUUGGUUUGUACUGUUUGUAUUUUUGCCUCAAAAAUUUGCUCUAUUGUUUUGAAAACACUGAUAUUUUUGUGUGUAAAUUAUGGGAAUCAAAA